AAAAAAAAUACAAUUGAAGUGGCAACUGACCUUUUAUUGGCACAACGAGAUCAAUUGACGCUGUGUAAACAAGAAAAAUUAAUAAGCAUUGUGACUACAGCAAAAUGUCUGUAUGUACAUCAAUCAAAAGGGAAGUAAGGUCAAUGACCUAACACGUCGUAAAUGGGACACUGAUUAUAUGGAAUCAUGAUAACUGUAUCUUUUGUAUGAAAAUGUCACACCGCAGACUACUACAAAAGUACAAAUGAUUUAGAAUUAGACUACAAAAGUAACAUAACGAUUUUAACUAAUUGUUAUUAAAAACAUUGUUUGUAGUUAUACUUCAGGGAAUGUUUAUCUCUUUCACUUUGUUAUCUAUAGCAAAAACUAUUGAUACCUCAUGCCUAAUCAUUGGUGAUUGGCUUAUCAUGUUGAUAUUGUCUAGAUAAUGUCCGAGAGGUGGCUAGUGUUAGUGGUCGACGGCGUGAGGAGACUGAAGGGCCGCCGCCUGCGCUGCCACCGCCGCCGCGCAAGUCUCCACGAGGACGGACCUCUAUCUCUGACGGCCCCAGAUCAACUGGAACCAGUCCAACAAGGGACGAGACGAGCGACUUGAUAUCAUUUUCGAGCCCUACUAGCAAACAUGCACCUAAAGAACCGCAUGUCAAGCUAAAGGAAUACAUCGAUCAGAUCACUAAGUUAAGUCAACAGACUGAGGAACUAGCAUUAAAUACUACAGAACAGAGCGGCACAAUGAACAAUCAGCAUUAUAAUCAACGGCCGGGGUAUUACGCGCCUCAGUACGCGUAUAACUACCAGCCGCCUUACGCUCCCAUACCGCCGUACCCAACAACGCCGUAUGGGAUGCCAACACCAAUGCCAACGCCAAUGCCUGGCCCAAUCCCGGGAGCCAUGCCCGCUCCAAUGCCGACACCCUACCCAUACUACGCCCCACCACCAAUGGCCAAUCCCUCAGACAUGCCGCCAACAUUUGUCCACGUUAAUCCAAUGUAUUCAGCACCGUACACCCAAACACGAAUGGCAUCCCCGUCCCCUUACGCGUACCCGGUGCCAUCAGCGUAUAAUUACAGCACAACAAACAUGAUCUCUCGGCCUCCGAGGCCGGCGACGAUAUAUCCGCAGCUGAAUCAGACACACACAUACCCGCCUGUCCCGAAGAACCCCGCCAAUAAUCCUGUGAAUAAUCCCGCAAAUAAUAAUGCAAGUGUGAACAAUAAUAACAGUGUAAACCAAAGUCCGACGCCUGCUAGGACGGAACCGGUAAAGGAGAAAGUUGAAAACAAUAGUUCCAGGAAAGCAUCGGAAGCUAGCAUUGCGUCAAAUGAAACGAGUGAUACACUAGGAAGUCUACCGCAAUCGAUGAACCUGAUCGACUUCGGCCGCAACACUGCGCAAGGUCAAAAUAACAAUUUCCAAAAAACAGAACAUGCGGCGGUUUCAAGCGAGUGUUCCAGCAGUGUGUAUGAAGAGUACGACCCAUUGGACUUUUUAUACGGAGAGACAGAGAUGCGAGAUGCCGUUUACGCGACGAUUAAUAAGAAGGAUCCAAUGUUGCCGUCGCCGCCUCCUAAGUCAAUACCGAGCGUACCUGCCGUCGCUAUGAGAUCUACUACCAAUAAACUCUACGAUUGUAUAGUGAAAUCAAGAACAAAGAAUUACGAUAACGAACACAAAUCCUUUCUCAAAAUGGUUCUCGACGUCAGAAAAAGAUUCGUAUAUUCGGAUGAGAAGACGAACCCGGGGUAUGUGAUAGCGGCCCGGUCAGGCGGCAAAUACCCACCGAACACAAGUAUCAAGAUUCUAGUCCACCACGCUCAUUCCGACGAACCCAUCACUUUUACUUCAGAUGUGGAAUCGACAGUGGAACAUGUGAUAUUAACUGUAGUAUGUUCUCUAGACGAGGACAUUAGAGAAGAUAUGUCUGAAUAUAUGUUGCGGGUAAGAGGAGCCAAAGAGUAUUUAACGCCAGGCAGUUCAUUAAGCGAAUACGAUUAUAUACGGGAAUGUGUGCGUUUAGAGAAGGACGUAUCUCUAUGUUUGGCGGAAGGUCGCGACAAUGUACUAGCGAGGACGGAAAGAGACGAUGCGAGGGACUCGCACCUUACACUGGACGAUCUACUGCCUUGUCACGGCACCACUGCGCAACUGUCCUUUGAUAAUCUUUCCAUUUUGUUAGAGACUCUAGAAGGCGAGUUAUCCCGCGCAGUAGGUGUGACGGGCGCGGAAGGCUGUUGUUCUCCAAAAGCAGUGUUCCAAGCUGUGAAGGCGAUAUGCGCACUCGCCGGGGGAGUCGAGACAUUACACGUCACACACACUUUGAAUGCGUUUGCGCAGGCUUGUACGUCACAGAACCUUAAGAACGGGGUAACACCAGAAAUAGAAGCGGACAAAGGUCCUUACUGUUCGGUAUCAUUGCGGGGCGCGACGCGGCGGGAGGUAGUCGCGGCUCAAUGCGCCCGAGUCAGGGACGCCGUGCGUGCCUUAUUAGCGCUAUACGGAAGAACCAGGCUCUUAGACUUCCAUCUCACUGAUACACAGUAUCUUACGCCUAAUAAUACUGCCAAAGCGGUCCCAGCGCACACGAUAUCAGAAGCGACACUAUUCUGUAUAGAAGCAGUGCAUUGUUUACCACUGUGUUGGAAUCACGAUGACUAUCUGUUCCAAGCGCAAAUCUUCUACGGAACCCGACCGUUGAAGUCAUUACACGUUACACAACCGUCUAGGAUCGAAUGCGGUGGUUUCUAUCCUAGAAUCAUUUUUGAUACCUGGUUAAACUUAGAAGACGUGCCAGUAAACACGUUGCCGCGCGAGUCUCGCCUAGUAAUGACCCUUUACGGGCGGUCGCAGCGCACGGUGGACGGCCAUGACAGUCAGGCGCAGGAUUCGGAGGAAAUCAACAUGAAUAUACAGUAUGAUCUGGUGGAACUUGGCUGGGCUGCUAUACAGAUGUUCGAUUUUGAUGGUAUGCUAGCGUCGGGUAAUUAUGUAUUACCGCUAUGGCCGACAUACUGCGACCGCCGCAUCGGCCCCGCACCGCAUCCCAUGCACUCGCCCACCGGAACCUUCCCCGUUGUUAAUAUUGAAAUCCCAUUGUAUGCUCACAACGGUGUGAAAUGGACGAACGGAGAGGAGGGUAGGCAGAGGAAGCUGAAACAGGAGGACCUGCCCAAGUUUGACAGUUUGGACGGUCACACGCAGUCACAGCUACUCGCACUCAUCGAGCAGGGAGCCUACCAGAGGAUGCCCAGCGAAUGUAGAGAGAUAAUGUGGGAGAAACGUCAAUACCUAGUUCAGUUAGCUGGAGCGUUGCCUCUAGUGUUGAUGGCAGCUACGAACUGGUACGGGGAACAUAGAGAACAUCUCAUCGCGUUGCUUAACCUAUGGGAGAAACCUUCGCCUUUGAACGCCAUGCAUUUAUUGUUGCCAUGUUUCCCCGACCACGCAGUCCGUGAGACGGCGACGCGCCUCAUCAAUGAGAUGUCGGACGACGACUUGUGUCGCGUGAUGCCGCAACUAGUGCAGGCCUUACGACACGAGACCUACGAGGCCAGCCCUGUUGCAGAAUUAUUAUUAUCUCGUGCACUUUCCGCACCCGCCGUAGCUCAUCGGUUGUUCUGGCUGCUAGUCCAUUCAUUACCAAAUGUACCUCAAGCCCCCAACCAAGAGUUCUUGGGUAUCAGUCUUGAAGAAGGAGCUCAAGAGUCGGCGGAGAGUGACGCUGGUACAGCGGCCACGUGGAGGUACCGACUGCUACUGCGCGCCUUGCUCGCUACUGCGGGGCAGAGCUUGCAUACUACGUUGUUACGGCAGCAAUUACUUGUUAAGACGCUAUCGGAAGUAGCGCAGGGCGUGAAGGACGCGAAGGAGACGGGUCGGGCGCGCGCGCUGACGAGCGGCGGCGAGCGACUGGCCGCGCUACUGCGCGCGCAGCCCGCCGCCCUGCCACUCGCGCUGCACAAAUACGUGCACGACGUCGACGUCAAAUCUUGCAUGUACUUCGCUUCCAAUACGUUGCCGCUCAAGAUUAACUUUAUCGGCAACGACAAUGCCGUAAUACCGGCUAUGUUUAAGGUCGGAGACGAUUUACGGCAAGACGCGUUGGUGCUGCAAGUUAUUAAAGUAAUGGAUAGCCUUUGGCUGAAAGCCGGUCUCGAUUUACGGAUGGUCACCUUCCAAGCUCUUCCUACUAGUGAUAAAAGAGGUAUGAUCGAAAUCGUCUCUGAAGCAGAAACACUCCGCGCUAUUCAAACGGAAUGGGGAUUAACAGGAUCAUUUAAGGAUAAACCUAUAGCGGAAUGGUUAGCGAAACAUAAUCCUUCAGAAUUGGAAUAUCAACGCGCAAGGGAUAACUUCACAGCUUCAUGUGCCGGAUACAGUGUAGCGACGUAUCUACUCGGUAUUUGUGAUCGACACAACGACAACAUUAUGUUGAAGACGUCGGGACAUCUCUUCCACAUAGACUUUGGCAAGUUCCUCGGCGACGCCCAGAUGUUUGGUAAUUUUAAGAGGGACCGUGCUCCGUUCGUGUUGACCCACGACAUGGUGUACGUCAUCAACGGCGGGGAGCGUCCCACGCAGCGCUUCCAACACUUCGUGGAGCUCUGCUGCAUGGCAUUCAACGUCGUGCGGGCGCAUCAUGACCAUAUACUCGACCUGUUCGCACUGAUGGCGAUGUCGGGCGUGUCUGGCGUGACGAGCGCGGCGGUGGGGUACGUCCGCGCGGCGCUGCUGCCGGCCGCCACCAACGCGGAGGCCGCCGCCGCCUUCGCACGACUCAUACACUCCUCGCUUAAGAGCAAAUUCACACCGAUCAACUUCUUCCUGCACAACUUGGCACAACUCCGCGCUAGUGGCGACCAAAGCAGCAAUACUAGCGAACUGCUAUCGUUCAUGCCACGAACGUACACGAUGGCACAAGAAGGUCGGUUGAUAAGCGUCGAAUGUCUUGGCUACGAGAAGCGCUAUGACCCGGAAAAGCACUACGUGUACGCACUACGCAUCUUCAGACAGGGCCAGACGACGCCAUUCGUGCUCUACAGGUCGUACAAACAUUUCACCGAGCUAUACCAGAAGAUUUGUCUACACUUCCCCCUUGCUAAAGUACACAGUUUACCUUCAGGCCUAUACGUGGGCCGUUCCAACACCCGUCAAGUAGCGGAACGUCGGUUUGGCGACGUGCAAGCAUUUUUGACCUCAUUGUUCAGCUUAGCAGACGAGAUCGCUCAUUCAGACCUUGUUUACACGUUCUUCCAUCCUUUACUGAGGGACCAGCAAGAUGUGGAGCCACAACGGAGGAGAGGUGAAACAACAGAACCAGAGAACAGUGGCUCUGGUUCACUAAAGCUAUCCGUGCAGUACGCAAGUGGAGUGCUCUCCGUGUUGAUAUUGCACGCACAGUCGCUCGCAUUGACACCACAGGGUCUGCCGCCCAACCCGUAUGUUAAGGUCUACCUCGUACCUGAUCCGACGAAAGAAACGAAGAGAAAGACUCGCGUUCUCAAACGUAACUCUCACCCAUCAUUCAUGGAGAUGCUAGAAUACAGAUUACCAAUGGAAGUGGUUGUCCAACGGAGCCUUCAAGCCACAGUUUGGAACUACGACUCGUUGCAAGAAAAUCAGUUUUUAGGGGGCGUUGUCAUUCCACUUAACACGUUGCCGCUCCGUCAAGAGACCGUGGCGUGGUAUCCUUUAGAGUACAUACCUCGGUAGCUAGUGCUUUCACGCUCCGCUCUAUGGAGCACUGAACUUCCUAUGUCAUAGGUCCAUUGUACCCAUUCUUGACACUCAAUGGAGAAUGUUAACGUUAACAGGUGAUUAUUUUGUAACUAUAAAAACCUUGAAUCGAUCUGUUUACUUAGUUUUGUCGUACUAGCAAACUCGGUCCAUUUUUCUUCAUACCAAAUUUCGUUCCAUGACGUCAUGGUACAGUAAGAUAUAAUAAUAAAAUGGUAGUAUCACUAUUAAAAUGCUAUUAAAAGAUAAAAAAUACUCUACUUUCUGAAAGUACGUCAUCGUUACAUUCUCCACUGAACCACACUGAAUGCAGCUACAAAUGAAGACGCCUUGAUGCCUAACUUCAAGUCGGUCUCUGACGUUUAUGACUUGUAUAAGUGUGACCAAAUAUUUUCAAAUCAUGAGCCCGUAUCUAAGCUUUAUGCUCGUAGAUAUAAGGUUUUAAAUCAAUUGACGAGCUUGUGAUUUGAAUUUUGAAAUUAUACAUGCUGUCUUGAUAAAGUUAUGUUCCUUCUUAUUACGCAAUAUAGGCCUUAAUCAAGAUUGAAGUAAAAGUCAGUAAGUAUACCAUUUAUUUGUAGAAAAUAUAUUUUUUUAUUACGUGUACUCUUGAUUCUUAUAUCAAUGAAUUCUUGGCUUAAUCGAUUAUUGAUUAUCAAGCUAUAUAAUACAUUCAAUUCUUUGUCAAAUAAUUACAUUCUUCGCGUAAAUAGUUUUUACAAUCACCCUUUAGCUUCCAGUAUUGCAUUUUAUUAAACUUCAAUAUUAUUCCACAGUAUUUUAUGUCGCUCUGAAAGGAAUUACAGUAAGUCUUUUUGUAAAUAAAAAUGUACUUUGUGAAUAUACACGUUAGUGCCAAAAUGCCUUGUGAUCGCAGCUUCGUAAGAGUAGGGUCCGAUUGGGAAAGUUCUAGAACUUUCAUUAUUUUGUUGAAGAGGGAGAGGAUAGAGCAUUUACAUAGUGGCGUCUCUUUUGCAGAAUAGGUAAUGCUUAGUAAAAUUGCUUUUUGUAUCGGAGAAAGAAACUUUUGAUAUCGUCCUAACACGGCCUAGAAACCGUUGUUUAUCGAUGUUUAAAUUCGAGCCUAAUAAAAAUUAAAAUGAACCUUAUUUAUAACGGUAUGAGAUUCAUUUUUAAUGGUAAAGUCUUCUAAAAGGCCUUAGGUUUUUCUAUAAUUGUAUAAUAUACACAGACAAUAACUAGUCUGUCCAAAUAUUUAGCACAUAUCAAUGUAACGAGUAUUAUAAUCGCGUAUCGUAUAACUAAGGAUAUGUCACUGUGUUAGACAAAAGUGAGCCUUAUCUUUGAAUAGUACAGCUCAAUUUAAGUAUUCUAUCUUUAACCACCUACCUUUAUCUUAAGGAACUGUACCCCACGUAAAUGUAUUAUAUUAUAGAAACUAAUUAUAAAUUACAUAUUCAACUAAAAUUUCUUUCGUGGGACCAGUACCCAAUAUUCUUGUUUAUACUGAGGUCAAUAUCGAUUUGAAAUGUUUGUAAAUUAACUAUAAAGUUAAGGACGUUUAAAGCUAUCGAUAAAUAUAGACUGAGAAAGAAGGCGAGAGCGUUCUACCUCACGCAGCGGGGAAAUAUAGCUAAGACUAGCUAUUUAAUGUUUAAAGUCAAAAGUCAAAAGCAUUUAUUUCUAAUAAAGACUAAAGAUUGAAGAAUAUCUGUCCUCUUUGUGAAAUUUUUUGCUUGUCAGUUAGUUAAUCAAAUACUUUAGCCGAUACAUCGAUUUGAAUUAUCGUGUGACGUCACAAUUUAGAAACAUUCUGUACUAAGA